GCUGGUCCCUCGGGCUUCCGUCAAACACACGAACACCCCCCCACCACCCACCCUCACCCGGCAUGGAGACCGAUCUAAAUCCAGUGACGGCGGUGCCCUCCCCAGCGCCGUCCUUGACCCCUUCUUCGCCGAGGGUUAGGGUUUCGGAAAUGGAGAUCCCUCCGAUGGCUGACGGCUCGGCGGCUGCGGCGGAGGCGGAGGCGGCGGUCUGGGACUGGGAAAAUCUUCUCGACUGCACGAUUGACGAGGAGGAUCCCUGGAACCUCUUCUGGGGGAGCACCGAGCAUGGUCAGACCUCGACCCCUCCUCCUCUCCCUCCGCUGAUGGCGGGGGAGCCAUCAAACCUCCCGCCGGUCCCGGCGGGGACGGCGGCGGCGGAUGGAAAUAACCGCGUGCGGAAGAGGGAUCUGAGGCUCGUGUGCCCGAACUAUCUGGCGGGGAGGGUGCCAUGCGCGUGCCCGGAGAUGGACGAGAUGGAGCUGGAGGAGGAGGAUGUGGGGGAGGUGGUGGCUGGAGGGAGGAAGCGCGCGAGGACCGGGGGAGUGGCUGCGGCGGCGACGUGCCAGGUGCCGGCGUGCGGGGCUGAUAUCAGGGAGCUGAAAGGGUAUCACCGGCGCCAUAGGGUCUGUCUCCGGUGUGCUAAUGCUUCGUCUGUGGUGCUUGAUGGCGAGCCCAAGCGGUACUGCCAGCAGUGUGGCAAGUUUCAUUUGCUUUCAGAUUUUGAUGAGGGUAAACGUAGCUGUAGGAGAAAAUUAGAGAGACACAACAGGAGGAGGCGGAGAAAACCUAGUGAUUCAAGAAAUGCAGUGGAGAAAGAAUUGGAAACUCAAGGAGACCCUCAAACUGAUGUUAUUUGUAAUGGUAAACCAGGGAAAGAUAUGUCAAAUAUUGCUUGUGACACAGUUGAGACUGUUGUGUGCGAUAGAAGUUUGGACGCAGAAACACUAUUAGGAUCUGAAGAUGGGAGUGGUUCUCCCAUUUGUUCCAUUCCUAGCUUCCAAAAUGACCAGAAUGCUAGUCUAGCUUCUUUUGCAGCUUCUGCUGAAGCUCAUGCUGAUGAAAGAAGAGAUAAUUCGAAGUCUGCCCUUUCCUCUACACUUUGUGACAACAAGAGUACUUAUUCAUCUGUUUGUCCUACAGGUCGUAUUUCGUUCAAGCUUUAUGACUGGAAUCCUGCAGAAUUUCCUAGACGACUACGGCACCAAAUAUUUCACUGGUUGGCCAGCAUGCCUGUUGAGUUGGAGGGUUAUAUUCGUCCUGGAUGUACAAUCUUGACUGUCUUCAUCUCAAUGCCACAGUUUAUGUGGGAGAAGUUAUCUCAAGAUGUGGCCCAAUGCAUAAGAGAUUUGGUUAAUGCACCUGGAAGUUUGCUGUUGGGAAGAGGCACCUUUUUUAUUUAUCUUAGUCAUAUGAUAGUUCAUGUUUUGAAAGGUUUCUUGUGUCAUUUGCUGGAAAAUAUCUCUCCUUCGAUUCUUGUUCGGUCAUUUCGCAUGGGAAGACCAAGUAUUAUGAUGAAAACGGGGCGGAGUGCCUCCACAAUUCUGACCAUGAGAUGUUAAGGAUAAAUAUAACUGAGACAAACUUGGAUGUUUUUGGCCCUGCAUUUAUUGAGGUUGAGAAUGUAUAUGGAAUAUCCAACUUUGUCCCUAUCCUUGUUGGUAACAAGAAUGUGUGCUCUGAAAUGAAGAGGAUUCAGGAUGCAUUAGGUGAACCCUAUUGUGCAGAUAGCAUCAUGUCCCAAAAUGCAGUUAGUGGUGCUAGUCCAGCCUUAUGUGAGUUUUUUGUGUCAAGACAAAAUGCAAUCUCAGAACUGCUUUUGGACAUUGCAUGGUUACUGAAGGAGCCUCACAUAGAUGAAAGGGAAUCUCUCUUUAGUUUGGGAGAUAUUCAGAGAUUAACUUCUUUACUAAAAUUUUUGAUACAAAACAGGUUUGUCAGUAUCAUCGAGGUUGUACUGCACUAUUGGGAUAAUAUAGUUGAUGGGAAGGGUUUUGAUAAGUCAGAAAAUUGGUACUCUGAUGCUGAUAUGAGGCUAUUACAUGAGUAUGUGAACCAUGCUAAAGAAAUUCUCUGUCAGAGAACUUUACAUGAUGUUGAAUCAGAACUAGAUUCAAAAAACUCAAUUGAUGGAAAUGAUGUGCUGCAAAGCUAUCUGCAGAGUGACGUGGUCUAUACCCUGCCUUGCACAAAUCAAGACAGAGGAGCAAGGAAUGAAGAUAGUUCGUGCUCGGCCACAAGUUCAGCAACUCAAGAGGAUGAUGAAAAUGUUGCACUCGUAACCAACCGGAUUAUUCACAGGCGGCGCUGUUACCCGCACCUGGGUACCCAAUGGCAUCGUCAAUCUUGGGGUGACAUUUUUCCCACUAACAUCAUGAGGAGACGUCUUGGUGUAAUUUUAAUGGUUAGUGUUGUUACCUGUUUUGCAGCAUGUAUUGUCCUUUUUCACCCUCACAGGGCUAGGGAAUUUGCAGUUUUUAGGAGGUGUUUGUUUGGUGGUCCCACGCAAUAGAAAAUAGGCAGGCACGAUCACUGCCAAAUCCUGUGGGGAUUGUAAAUUGCUAGGCUAUCAUGUGUAUUUGUUCAUUUGCUGGGAGGAUUCCGUGAUAGUUUUGGACAAUUCUAACCCUUUUUUGGGUAAUCAGGGGAUGUUUCAAACAAAACGCAAUCUCUCUCCAUGUCUGUGCACCGCUGUUGACAGCGGUGCUGACCAAAUGGUUUUGCUUUACACAGCGGUGCUGACCAAAUGGUUUUUCUUUCUAGUGUAAAGCACUCCCGUCUUGGAAAGAUCUCGUUUUAUGCUUUCUGGUUGAAAAUACCUGGGAUUGUACCUCAUCAUAUUUCUAUUUCAAGAAUGUGAAACCUGCAAUUCAUUUUCCAUGUCGCUGCCUGUUUAAGAAUAUUUCUGGUUGAGAAACGAUUGGAAUGAACUGGGAAUGAAAGGCGAGGAACAGAAACCAUAUUUCUUA